CUUGUACGUUGAAAAUAAAAACAACCGGGAAUAAGAAAUCCGACGGCAGAACUGAAGCGGAGAUAACCAACCAAACAGAACCCUACAACAACAUCCAAUCUGGUUUUAGAGCUCCGUUACUCCCCCGGGUCCCCGUGUUUAUCACUGUCUUUCUGCAUUUGCUUUUUUUCUUUAUUUUAUCUGUUUUUCACUCAUCUCCUCCAUCAACACACCUUUUAAUUUCUUUAAUACCCUCCUUUCGAUUAACCCUUCUCUUUUUUCUUCAAUUAGUGGGCAAAAAGGUUCGACAAAACCCAAAAUUUUAGCUUACAGUAUAAAGACCAAAAGAAUCUCAUACUUUCUGGACCUUCUUUUCUUUGAUUCUCGUUUUUAGGGCUUUUUUUAUUAUUAUUACUUCUGCUUAUUGGGUUUUCUCAUCUUCCUUCUCUCUAUUGACUCUACUUGCACUGCUUCAAGGUGAUUCUUCAUUUGCCUACCAUUUCCUUUAUUAAACAUCAGCUCUCCAUUUUUGCAAGAAUUGACUCUGUGGCGUUCUUCAUUUUGUACUUGGUAUAAUACAUAUUUGUUUCAAGUAUUUCCCUAUUUCAUUUAUGGAAUUUAUGGGUUUUGGUUCCCAAAUGAGUUUUCUUUGCUAUUAUUGCUUAUUACAGCUGCCAGGUUGAGAGAGGGAUAUGAAAUGUUCUGUAUAGGCUGUAUUUAGUAACAUAUUGAUGAAAAGUUGGUUGUUAUUCCUGGAAAUUAAAAAAUAAAAUAAAAACCCUCGUUUAUUCAUUUCGUGUGGAAAUUGCAAGCAAGAGGAGAGGGUUUCUUUCAUGUCAAAGCUAUUUUUGUCUGUUCCCUUAAUAUGCUAGGGAUGGCUUAAAGUUGUUUCCUUUCUUAAGAAGCUACAAGAAUACAUAUAAUUUCAUGGCUCGGGGGAAGAAUGGGAAAAAAAGGGGUUCAGAGGCAGGUCAUCAAGUCACUGAUGCAAAAGGAAGGGGGAAAAUAAGUGAGGUAAAGGACUUUUCUGGAGAUAAACUACCAAAUGGCAAUCCUUCAAAGGAGAAUGUCACUAAAGGUCAUCGUGCAGGGACUGAGAAUAAAUAUAGGCAGAAUUCUGAGAAAUGUGUGUCAUUGGAGAAGCAUGGAGAUUCAGCUGAGGAUCUUGGCCAAUCAAUAUCUUCUGGGAGUAAUUCAGGGUCUUGCACUGAAAACACACCUUCAAAGGAAGCUUCAAGUGGAAGGGAACAAAAUGAAAUCUCACCUGAUGGGAACCUUAAUCUGAAACAUAAAAAUGGAUCUUGGGGCUGCUUGCUUAAUGGUUUUCAUCUUAAAAAUGCCAUGGAUAAUGUGGAUUUUUCUGAUACUGCGGUGGUAAGGAAUGCGAGAACAAUAGCUGUGUCCACCUUCAAGGUGAUAAUCCAGUGGCUUGAUAGACAAAGACCAAUUUUAAUUUCCCUAACAACUAAUGUGUAUAAUGCUCGAGAUCAUGUCAGAGCAAAGUUUGAGAGAUUAUAUCCCAUUGUUUUGAAAUGGCUCGUGCAAUUUGGAAAUAUAAUGCUUCUUUUGUCAAUAAUCUGGUUGGACUGUGCUCUUAGAGGCAUUGAUUCCUUCCUCCGCAUGGGUACAGCAUCUCUUUUUCUGGUUAUAUGGUGCAGUAUCUUCUCAGUAAUUGCUAUGGUUGGGAUGAUGAAGUUUCUUCUGGUGUUGGCUAUAGCUGCUCUGACAGCAGUUUUUGUUGGGCUCACUGUCGCAAUGUUGGUAGUAGCUGUUUUUGGAACUAUUUUCCUGUGGUUUUAUGGAAGUUUCUGGACAACACUUAUGGUGAUCUUCCUUGGAGGAUUGGCAUUUUCAUUUAGCCAUGAGCGUCUUGCAUUAUUGGUCGCCACUAUAUAUUCUGUAUACUGUGCUUGGAUGUAUGCUGGAUGGCUUGGUUUGCUUUUGGCUCUUAAUCUAUCAUUUAUCUCAAGUGAUGCAUUGAUCUACUACCUAAAGAACCACAUAAAUCAGCAAGCAGCACCUGAUGGAAACCCUGAGCAAACCAAUGGAAUGUAUGGUCAUUCAGGCUUCUUCAAUGACGAGUCAGUGCAUGGUUCGUUCUCUGAAAAUGUCCCAGGGUUUUCAGCAAACCAUGGUCCUGGGGUAGCUUCAACUAGUGGGGUUGACACUGUGAUGACUUCUGAAGAUGAAGUUGCUCGAUUGUUGAACUGCUGUGAUCACUAUUCUGCAUUGGGUUUGUCACGGUAUCAGAAUGUCGAUGUUAAUGUACUGAAACGAGAAUACAGAAAAAAGGCAAUGCUGGUCCAUCCAGAUAAGAACAUGGGCAAUGAAAAGGCUGCAGAAGCUUUUAAAAAGCUUCAAAAUGCAUAUGAGGUUUUACUUGAUUCGUUGAAGCGAAAAACAUAUGAUGAUGAGCUUAGGCGGGAGGAGCUGUUAAACUACUUCCGUAGAUUUCAAAAUGCUUCUCAAAAGAAUGGCAGACAUGUUUUCUUUCCCUCUAGAUCUGCACGGUCAGAGGCUGAUGGGGAGGAACCAUUUGGAGAAUCCAGGCGUAUUGCCUGCAAAAAAUGUGGUAACUUUCAUGUCUGGGCACACACCAAGAAAUCAAAAUCUCGAGCAAGAUGGUGCCAGGAAUGCAAAGAUUUUCAUCAAGCAAAAGAUGGUGAUGGAUGGGUUGAACAAUCGUCGGAGCCCUUAUUUUUCGGAUUUUUGCUUAAGGUGGAAGCUCCCUCUGCCUAUGUCUGUGCUGAUAGCAAGAUAUACGAUGCUACUGAAUGGUAUAUUUGUCAGGGAAUGAGAUGUCCACCUAACACACAUAAGCCAAGUUUUCAUGUGAACACUAGUGUGACAUCCAAGCAUGCUACUGGCAAGGGAUCAAGUUCAGGACAGAGAGGUGGCACAAUGCCAACUCCUCCUAAUCUGGAAGAAACGAUGACCGAAGAAGAAUUCUUAGCGUGGUUACAGAAUGCAGUACAAGGAGGCAUGUUUGACAACUUUAACGGUAGCAGCACCUCUGCUGAAAAUCCAUCUACGAAAGCAGAAAGCAGCUCGAAGAGCAGCAGCAGCGGUAGUGGAAGCAAGAGAAAGAAAAAGGGUAAGAAACAAUGGUAAGCUGCAGUCAUCAUGAUUUGUGUAGGCCCGGAUUGUCGAGAGAGAAAGCAAUUUUUGGCCAUAAACAUCCAGAAAACUUGAAUCCAUGUUUAACUUGUUCUCGGGCCUUGAGGCAUAUUUCAUGCAGAUUUUGUAUAGCAUUUACUAUCAUCUUCCUUCAAAUAAUUAGAUAUGGAGCAUCAUACCAAAUAUGAAA